CAAGUGCAUCGCAUACAGGGAGACCGAUGGCUGCAAAGGAUUCUGCUUUCAUCAACAGAAAAACGAGGGGACAACUUUUUGGUUGUAGUAUUGUCUGUGACUCUCUCCCUCUCUCUCUCCCUCUCUCUUUCCCACCAAGUGAGCGACAACUCUCUCACUUUUCCCCUCCGCCCGUCUCUUUCUUUACCUCUGGAAGGUGGGCAAUAGAGAGGGUGCAGUUCCAGAAACAAGUUGCUCUGCACUGGCCCCGUUAUCUCUGCUCAAGAUGUACAGCUUCAUGGGAGGGGGCCUGUUCUGUGCUAUCGUGGGCAAUAUCCUGUUGGUGGUCUCCACCGCAACUGACUACUGGAUGCAGUACCGUCUCUCUGGGAACUAUGCCCACCAGGGUCUGUGGAGGUACUGCGUGUCCAACAAGUGCUACAUGCAGACUGACAGCAUAGCUUACUGGAAUGCCACCAGGGCGUUCAUGAUCCUCUCAGGGAUGUCGUGCUUUGCAGGCAUCAUCGCUGGCAUCAUGUCCUUUGCACACUUCUCCUCCUUUGAGAGAUUCAACCGCUCCUUUGCCGCGGGAGUCAUGUUCUUUGUCUCCACUUUCUUUGUUCUACUUGGAAUGGCCAUCUACACCGGAGUGACAAUCAACUUCCUGGGAAGGCGCUUUGGUGACUGGCGCUUCUCCUGGUCCUACAUAUUGGGCUGGGUGGCCAUGCUUAUGACCUUCUUUGCAGGUAUUUUCUACAUAUGUGCCUACAGAAUGUGUGAAUGUAGGAGAGGAAAUGGCCCACGCUAGAGGGGAGACAAACUGCAUGUUCUUUUUCUUGUUUUUUUAGUUUUUUUUUUAAAAAGAGGACAAUACCACUUUGAAUGGAAGAAAAGUAAUAAACACUGAGGCAGGUU